CGUAAUUUCAUUUUUCAUCACAAGGGUUCGGAGCAUACUUUAGUCAAGAAUCUUCAAAUUGAAGAUGUUGUAGAAUCAAUUAAGAGCCCUGAUUUCAUUCGACUCAAGCUCAUCCCAGGCGAUGAUGAUCCGACAAAAAGGCUCGUCCCUCAAUCGACUUAUCGUGUUGUGGAUACUCUUUACGAGUUGCACAAUAUUAACAGUCCUCGGAAGACUCAUGCAGGUCGCCAUGCCGGCACUAUGGAGGCUCAUAGGCUAGGCAUAAGUUAGGAGGACAUUAAGGCAGGAGGACGGUGGACCGCAGAACGAGGUCGCAUGGAAAACUUUUAUUUACCAUGUUUGCCUUCGAAAUUUGCACUUGGGAUGGCAGGAUUUUAUAACGAGCCUUUCUUCCUCGCUCGAAACUCUGUCAUCCCACCAAAGGCACUCCAGCUAAUGAUUUUUCCUUGGAUUGAAGAUUUCUUUGGAAAAAACAAUGUGUGGUGGAGGAAUGAAUGCUUAAGGGAAAUGGACGAAGUGGAUCCAAACAUCGUGCCCGACAUUUCUGCUGCGUCAAAACCUGGAACGGCAGUAGAAACCAACCAGUUAGCUGGACCUUCUUCGAACACAAUCCUUUAUUCGGAACUUGAUAUCUCCACGUCCGGGUUUCUGAGACUGCUUGUACGAUGCCGGCGAAUCAUACUUCAAGAUGCUGCAUCUCGACUACGCUAUCAUGAUGCUGUUAGCAAUGACCAACAGAGCAGGAUUUUGGAGGAUGAUAUCUUCAGAUCACCUUUAUUCUUGGAGUUCCAAGAAGAGAUGAACGCUGUUGUGGUGAAGGGUCCUGAGGCUAAUAUUUCGCAAAAGUUGACUACAAUGGUUCCUGAGAUUGCAGAAGGGCUCGAGGAAGUUUGGAGGAGUUCAAAUAGCAACGCUCCACUCAUACAGCAACAAUUAAAAGAGCUGCAGCGACGACUGCAGUAACAGCAACAGCAACGACUGCAGCAACAGCAUCAGCAACGGCUGUACCAACAGCAUCAGCUCGAGCUACAUCAGAUAGGAGCACAAUUACAGCAGUAUCUUGUCAAGAUCAAUCAACAAUACCAAUAUCAGCAAUAUACGUUCAACUUUAUGCAAUAUAUUUACAACAAUCAAUGCCAACAACAGCAAUCAUCUCAGGGGAUGUCUAGUCCUCAUCCUUCAUUAGCUUUUCCUUCACUGGCUGCUCCUUCUCUACUGGUGGUACCCAAUCCACCAAAUGCAUCAUUGCUAACCACACCUCAGCUCCAUCAGUCUUCUCUGCAGUCGACGACUCAAUCACCAGAGGGCUCUGCAGCACCAACAUCAGCAAAGAAAAAAAGAAAACGAGACACAUGGAUCUCUUAUACACCACAAAAAUUUCAAAAACUACGCGCCUG